UGUUAAUCCAUCACUACUGAGCGAGAGCAGGCGGCAGUAUCCAGCGAGGUGCACCAUGUAACGGUUCCUACAAUAUAGGAUCCGCUCAGUGGAUAUCUUCUAUAUAAGAUCCUUCUCCUGAUUGACCCAUCAAAGAUGGAUAGGGACAAGGACAAGAUGGCAGAAAGGAUAAUAAAUCUCACCCUAGAGAUCCUCUUCCGGCUUACUGGAGAGGACUACACAGUAGUGAAGAAGACCUCUAGUGAGCGCUGUCAGGACCCUGUGUCUGAAGGAUGGGUAAGAACCCUGAGCCCUAUCACGGGGCCCCCACCUCACCUCCUGAUACACGAGGAAAUCAAUAGAGAGAAGAUCCUAGAACUCAUCAACAAGAUGAUUGAGCUGCUGACUGGAGAGGUUUCUAUAAGGUGUCAGGAUGUCACCGUCUAUUUCUCCAUGGAGGAGUGGGAGUAUUUAGAAGAACAUAAAGAUCUGUACAAGGACAUCAUAAAGGAGGAUCACUGGCCCCUCACAUCAACAGUAAAGAAGAAAAGAGGAACACCAGAGAGAUGUCCCAGUCCUCUUCUUCCACAGGAUGGUUCAGAAGAACAUCACAAUGUCCCACAGGAUGAUCAGCUUGUGGAUCCAGGUGAAGAUCUGAACAAUAUUAAUCCUACAGAGACAUCCUCAGAGGUUUCUUUGCCAUGA